AAAUUUGACAAAAGUCAAAAGGAAAACGAGUUGAUAAACAUUUCGGUUCAAUACCGACAGAUAUAUAAUUUAUAAUGUUGUGGAAGUAUUUGUUCAUUCGGCCUUAAUAACAAUGAACAUUAAUGCAACAAAAUAACAUCCCCACCUAGGAUUAGCGGUUAUCCUUAAUUAUUGAUAAGUGCCUUCACAAUUAAUACCGUAAUUUGUGAAAUUAAUUAAUACAAUACAACAAUAAUGUCUGUUUAUUUAACUAAAUCAAUGUUAUCGAAGUUAAAUAAGGUGAAAUAUUCAAUUUGUGAUUAUAACGAAGAUGAUUGCAGUAGUGGUGAUCCUUGGCAAAAGCUUUCUGUUGAUGGCAAAGUUACAGUACAACUAGCAAAGGAUACAAUAUGUAGGGUUUGUGCAAAUAGAGGAUCAAUUCCACUGAGCAAUAAACUGAAUGGUUAUGAUAUAAUGGGAGCUCUCUGCAGUAUCACUAAUAUUUCUAUCAGUCCUGAUGAUUCUUUGCCCAAGUAUAUUUGUAAUGAAUGCCUUGAAACUUUAAAAGUUGCCAUGACAUUUAAGAAUACAUGUGAGACAACUGAUAAAAGAUUUAGGAAGAUUCUAAAUCCAUUAGGAGAUCCACUAUUUCAUUCCUAUCCAUAUUCAAAACAUGAUUUUCAACUAAUUUUGCAUCAAAUGAAACUGAAAAGAGUAAAGAUGGAACAGAAGAGGGAAAGGGAGAGAAAAAGAAAAGAAAGAGUGCAACAGAAGAAAAAUCAUUCUAAAGUAAAAGAGAUUAAGUGUUCUCCAUGUGAUAUGGUAUUUGAAACUAAGGAGCACCUAGCAGCGCAUCGUCGCGAGGCUCAAUGCAUGCGACGCGCGUGCGACGUGUGCGGCCAACUGGUGCUCAGCAUCGGCCAGCACAUGCGGCAUAUACACAAGCGAUCAGUACCACACAAAUGCCCAACCUGCGGCAAGGAGUUCCCUAUUAUAGCACGACUUAAAAGUCAUAUGCUAGUGCAUACAAACACGUUUAACUUCUUCUGUGACUUGUGUCCAUACAAAUGCAAGCACAAGUACUAUUUGGUGAUGCACAUGCGCACUCACACUGGGGAGAAGCCGUACAAGUGCGCCCACUGUCCCGCCACAUUCGUCAACCCUUCCAACUUGAAUAAACAUAAGCUCACACACCAGGAGAAACAAUUUAAGUGCAUGCUGUGCGAGAAGGCGUUCCGCACUAACGGUGCACUGCGCGAACAUCACGACGCCACGCAUAUGAACAUCAAGCACACCUGCGCAUACUGCGGACGUGACUUCAGAUACAAGUCUGACUUGAGAAAGCACGAGAUACGUUACCACAACCGCACGAAGCGCGCGUACGUUGGCGGGGAGCCGACAUACAAGCAAGUGGAGAGAUUACAGAAGAUGCAGGAGGAGAGUGAGAUGGAGAAGUGGCGCGCGCACUCCGCCGCCGGCGCCGUGGUGCUGACGGAGCCCUACGUAGACCACAGCAAGGAGUAUGUUCAGGCGCAGCAAGUAUACUUCUCUGACGUCAUCAUACAACAACCUAAUGAUGGACAACCACAGACUGUACAGAUAACUUUGCCCGAAUUAGUGUUGAAAAAGGACGACGUCAAAAUAUACGAAACGGAACAGACGAUUGCCUAUUUUUAAUAUGCUUUAUGUUUACAAAUCACUGCCAAUAUUGCCGCUUUACUGUUCACAAUGUAAUCAAGAUUAUGUUAUCCAUAGUAAUUUUUAAUGCAUAAGUAUACUACGUCUGUAGCAAAUAAAAUCUUGUUGCUUGAAAUGAAAUGAAUUGUUUGUUGUCAAAGACCUUUUAUGCGCAAGGCUAAAUAAAUCUUCCUAAGCCAAUGAUUUUAAUCGCUAAGCCGCACGCUAUCUUUAAUCUUUAUGUCAAGAUCAGAAAAGUUGUUGUGAUUUUCAAGAUGGCGGAGCAAAUCUAUACAGUUGUCAUUUUGUAAUUAAACAUUUUGUCUAACCCCUCUGAUUGAAUAGACGAUUCGAGUUGACGAUUCAACGUUUAUUAACGUAUGUACGAAGCGCACGCAACGCGAUGUUCGCGACGCAAGAAUACAGUUUCGAAGAUUUACGUUGUAUACGAAGUGUAUCACGUAGUCUUGUGUACGGGACUAACUCAUACAAAAUGAUCGCUCUAAAAUGUUAAAUGUAUUUUAUUUUAUUACCCAUUUGAUACUAUUAUGGAGAACUCAGGCGUAUGUAAGUUUUUAUGUAUGUGAGUUUGUACGCGAGUUUAGAAUUUAGAUCGCAUCAUAGUUUUAUAUGAAAGUAUCGAGAUGUUACGGAAAUAUGAUAAAAAUAACUAAGUAAAAUUAAUUGAUUAAGAUGCGUAUUAAAUGUAAGCAAGAUAUAAAUGAUGUAGUCGAACAUUAAUUGUAAGUUUAUAAUAAUGAACUAUACGUUUUUAUUACAGCCAGAAAUUAAAGAAACUUGAGA